AUGGUGCGCAGAUCUUUGCUUCUUCGAGUACUCUUGAAUACUCGAAUACUGGUCCCUAGCACCACGAAGAGGUGCCUGCACAGGCUAGAGGGUCUUUUUGUCGCAGAUGUCCCUGCGGAGACUCUUGGUUUCGCAGAUGUCUCUGCGGAGACUCUUGGUGUCGCAGAUGUCCCUGCGGAGACUCUUGGUGUCGCAGAUGUCCCUGCGGAGACUCUUGGUUUCGCAGAUGUCCCUGCGGAGACUCUUGGUGUCGCAGAUGUCCCUGCGGAGACUCUUGGUGUCGCAGAUGUCCCUGCGGAGACUCUUGGUGUCGCAGAUGUCCCUGCGGAGACUCUUGGUGUCGCAGAUGUCCCUGCGGAGACUCUUGGUGUCGCAGAUGUCCCUGCGGAGACUCUUGGUGUCGCAGAUGUCCCUGCGGAGACUCUUGGUUUCGCAGAUGUCCCUGCGGAGACUCUUGGUGUCGCAGAUGUCCCUGCGGAGACUCUUGGUUUCGCAGAUGUCCCUGCGAGGCGCUUUGUUGACGCAGGACCUGGGCUGCGGAGAACUUGCGUCCCCCUGCGGAGUUCACUUGGUAACGCAGCGCCCCCCUGCGAGGAACAGUUGGUCACGCAGAGCCCAUCCUGCGAGGUAGUCUUGUUGACGCAGCACCUCCCUGCGAGGAUUGUUGUUGACGCAGACCUAUCCUGCGAGGUAGUCUUGUUGACGCAGCACCUCCCUGCGAGGAUUAUUGUUGACGCAGACCUAUCCUGCGGGGUAGUCUUGAUUUCGCAGCACCCCCCUGCGAGGAAUAUUGUUGACGCAGACCUAUCCUGCGAGGUAGUCUUGUUGACGCAGCACCUCCCUGCGAGGAUUAUUGUUGACGCAGACCUAUCCUGCGGGGUAGUCUUGAUUUCGCAGCACCCCCCUGCGAGGAAUAUUGUUGACGCAGACCUAUCCUGCGAGGUAGUCUUGUUGACGCAGCACCUCCCUGCGAGGAUUAUUGUUGACGCAGACCUAUCCUGCGGGGUAGUCUUGAUUUCGCAGCACCCCCCUGCGAGGAAUAUUGUUGACGCAGACCUAUCCUGCGAGGUAGUCUUGUUGACGCAGCACCCCCCUGCGAGGAAUAUUGUUGACGCAGACCUAUCCUGCGAAGCACCUUCUUACACUCGCGGGGCUCAUGGCAGCGAGGGAGCACAUUCUUACAUCGCUGGGCUCGUGGCAGCGACAGCCGUGGUCACGGAAGCUCUUAAGCCCGCAGGCAAAAGAGGGACACCAUGA